AGACUGAGCCGGUAAUUGGCUUCCACGGUCUACACUCAGCUGGUCAAACCGGGGAAGCCGAACCAAUAAGAACAAGAACAUGCGCCUUCUUUAAAGUCUGAGCCAUUUCAAAAUUUCUCAAUAAUUUCUGCACAAAAUCUUCUCUUUGCAAGUUUCCAAUGGCAACUCAACGAUUACUUCUCAAGAAACCAAUUCUCAGGGCAUCUUCUGCUGCAGCUUCUGCUUUUGCUUCAACUUCUGCACACCCCACAUCAUCAGAUACCUUCUUAAGUGAAAAGAUUUUAUGGGGUUUAAAGCAACAAGGUAAAAAACCCGCUAGUUUCAACCCUUCUCUGUUUCAUGAAUUAAACCCCUUAAUUUUUACUGAAGUUCUUCAUAAAUGUCGAGAAAAUUUGCAAGUAGGUCAGAGAUUUAUUGAUUUGGUAUCCUUAAAUUGCCCGAAUUUCAAGCAUUCUUCGACUUCGUUGAGUUCUGCUAUUCAUGUUCUUGUUAGGAGUAGAAGGGUUUCAGAUGCUCAGGCAUUGGUUCUUAGGAUGAUUAGGAAAAGUGGUGUUUCGCGCAUUGAGAUUGUGGAUUCUCUGGUCUCAAGUUAUGAGGAUUUUGGGUCAGAUUUACGUGUUUUUGAUUUGUUAAUUAGAACUUAUGUGCAAGCUAGGAAGUUAAGAGAAGCUGUUGAGGCGUUUCAUGUGUUGAAAAGUAGGGGAUUUUGUGUGAGUAUUAAUGCUUGUAAUAGUCUCCUAGGAGGGCUUGUGAAGAUUGAGUGGAUUGAUUGGGCAUGGGAGGUUUAUCAUGAAAUUGUUAGAUGUGGGAUUCAGGUAAAUGUUUAUACGUUGAAUAUAAUGGUUAAUGCGAUGUGUAAACAAGGAAAGAUUGAUGCAGUGAAGGGAUUUCUAUCUGAAAUGGAAGAGAAAGGGAUUUUUUCGGAUAGUGUAACGUAUAAUACUUUGAUCAAUGCUUAUUCUCGUGAAGGGAAAUUGGAAGAAGCGUUUGGGUUGAUGAAUGUAAUGUCGGCCGAGGGCUUCAAGCCAUGUCUUUUGACAUUUAAUUGUAUUGUUAAUGGUUUGUGUAAGAAUGGAAAAUAUGGAAAAGCAACGCAAGUUUUAGAUGAGAUGGUGAAGAUUGGGCUGAGUCCAGAUACUGCUACUUAUAACUCUUUGCUGGCUGAGUGUUGUAGAAGUGGUAAUUUGUCAGAAGCUGAAUCAGUUUUCAGUGAAAUGUUGCAUCGGGGUGUUAUUCCAGAUUUGGUUAGUUAUAGUUCAUUGAUUGCUUUGUUUUCAAGGGUCGGGCUACUUGAUCGUGCAUUAGGGUAUUAUAAGGAUAUGAAGUCCAAUGGCCUCAUACCAGACAAGGUGAUAUACACCAUUCUUAUUGGUGGGUUUUGUAAACAUGGCUCAAUGUUGGAAGCUAUGAGGAUCCGAGAUGAAAUGCUGGAGAAGGGUUGCCUUAUGGAUGUGGUAACUUAUAAUACUAUUUUGAACGCACUAUGCAAUAAGAAGAUGCUGUCUGAGGCUGAUCAACUUCUAAAUGAGAUGUUUGAAAGGGGAGUGUUUCCUGAUUAUUAUACUUACACGACACUCAUAAAUGGAUAUUGCAAAGAUGGUAAUAUGAGUAAAGCAUUGACAUUGUUCAGAUCCAUGCUUCAGAGAAAUCUCAAGCCGGAUAUUGUGACGUACAACACCUUGAUUGAUGGAUUCUGCAAGGCAGGUGAAAUAGAGGAAGCAAUCUUAUUAAGAGAUGAAAUGAUCACAAAAAACGUACUACCUAAUUUAAUUACAUACAGUAUUCUUAUAAAUGGGUUUUGCAGUAGAGGCUUUAUAUCUGAUGCUCUUAGGUUAUGGGAGAAGAUGGUUGAUACACGUAUCCAGCCUUCUCUUGUGACUUGCAACUCUCUUAUCAAAGGCUAUUGUAGGCAUGGUGAAACUGAAAAGGCAUGUCAAUUUCUUGGUCAGAUGAGAUCUCAAGGAGUUUUUCCUGAUUGUUUUACGUAUAACACUCUUAUAAAUGGAUAUAUAAAAGAGGAGAAUAUGGACAAAGCUUUUGACUUGCUUAGUGAGAUGGAAAAUCAAGGACUAUCGCCUAAUGUUAUCACAUACAAUGUCAUGCUUGAUGGAUUUUGUAAACUAGGUAGAAUGCAAGAAGCCAACAUGUUAUAUAGGAAAAUGUCUGGAAGAGGCAUAAAUCCUGAUAGAGCCACGUAUACUUCAUUAAUUAAUGGGCAUGUAUCAUUGGACAACUUCAAGGAGGCUGCUUGGUUCCAUGAUGAAAUGUUGCAACGGGGUUUUAUGCCUGAUGAUAAGUUUUAAUUUCUUUGUCGGUUUGAGUCUUUAUGAUUAUGGCAUGCACUCAAUUGUUUGAGUUGGAUCUUAUUGAGGUGUUGAUGCAGCCAUUUUUGGGUAACAUGGCUGAUCAAUGGGGAAGAUUAAAAUUCAUAAAUGGAGUUCAAGUAAAGUAAAUGAUAGAGGCAAGACAAUAUCUCAGUACUUUUUACUUCCAGGUUUGAGCUUGAUAUUUUUGCGGCAGGAGACUGGAAUUUGACUGAACUGUACCUUCGGUGGAGAUCUUGCAAUUGUUUUGCUUGUUUCAUCUUGCAAGUGUUGCGGUCCAAAUUUGAGAUCCAGGGGAGAAUAAGUAAAAGGAGAACAGGGGAAGUGCGUAGGCUGAUGGUUGGGGAUUUUGCAAUUUUUCAGCAGAUUGCUGAGUGGUGGCUGUGGUGACAAGAAGGCUGGCACCUUGGUUGAAAGAAGGCGUGAAGAUGACGGAGGAAACAGUGGUGCUGUUGAUAGAAAUGAGGGAUUGCUUUAAGAAAUCACUUCGUAGUAGAACUUUCAGAAAAAAUAAAAGUGAGAACUGAGACUCAGGGCAACUGAUAACUGCACUUUGGUGCUGUUAGUCCCUGGCUUCAUGAAGAAAUUCUUGAAUGAAGAAUGGAGCAACUGGUAGAGUAAGGCUGAUAGACGUGGUAAAUUUGCGGAAGAAGAGCAACUCAAAUUUUGCUGCAGAUUGCUCCCCAGUUGUCACCACCUCUUAUUGUAUGAAUAUUAAUGCUCUUACUCUGUCCCUGCUUUCUGGAUGAUUUGAAGGAAAAGAAGCAACAAUGGGAGUAGCACUCUUUGGAGAUAGCACUAAAUGCACAGUUCAAUUUAUACAGGUCAUACGACUCUGCAGUAGAAAUCUCUGCGUUUGUGGUGUGGCAUUGGGUAGAUUUGAGUCAGUAUUAGUUUCACCCAUCAUUGCUAAUUUCCAAGUUUUAAUACAAUUGCUAUUUUGGUACUAGUUGCGAAAA